GGGUGAAGGAGCUGCUGGGGAUCUACUGUCCUAGUCUGGGAAUGGUCCAGUCUGGUCAUGGCUGUUCAGGUAGACCCUGGGUGGUGAAGCAGCACCACGAGUAGGGUACUGAACCCACCGGACCACCAGAACCCUCCACCCAGACCAGUCCAGAAGACAACUUGUGCCAUCCUGGUACCAUCUAGGUGGCAUCAAGGCAUCCAAUCAACCUGCCCUCCAGAACCUCAACCAUGGAGUCCAAGUCCAAGAGCUUCAGGAUCGAUGCCCUGCUGGCUGACGAGGCUCACCGGGUCCACAGGGGUCACAGAGGUCACCGGGCACCGUCACCAUGCCAGAGCGCCGACAGUCCUGCGGGCAGCCCGGUGUCUUGCCCGUCGCCUCGCUCCCUCCACCUCCAGCCCGGGGUUCUCCCAAAGCCAGGUCUCCUGGGCCUGACCCACCCGGCCCUCUCGCCCCUGCCCCAGGCCUCCAUCCCGGCCAUGUACCCUCCACCCAUCUACCCCAUCUCCAUAUUAGGGACCCAGCACUCGCCCCUGGGGUACACCACCUUCGCCCACCCGGAGCAGCUGAAGGCGGCGGCGGCGCUGGAGGGCUGGAUCAGGGCCGGGGUCAUGCUGCCCCGCCUACCCGACUACUCCGGUGCUCCUCAGUCGGGGCUGAUGGGUAAAUGCCGGAGACCUCGCACUGCCUUCACCAGUCAGCAGCUGCUGGAGCUGGAGAACCAGUUUAAACUCAACAAGUACCUGUCCCGCCCCAAACGCUUCGAAGUGGCCACCUCGCUGAUGCUGACCGAGACUCAGGUGAAGAUCUGGUUCCAGAACCGCAGGAUGAAGUGGAAACGCAGUCGAAAGGCCAAGGAGCAAGCAGCCCAGGCGGAGGCGGAGCGACAUCGCGGUGGAGGCAAAACAGCCAAUGAGAACUCAGCCAGCGAAGACCAGAGGAAGAGGGUGGAGCCACUGGAAGAGGAGGCAAAUGAGGAGGAGGAGGAUGUAGAUGAGGAAGAAGAAGAGGAUGAGGAGCAUGAGGAUGAGAUGGACCGUCAUGAGUUCUUGAGCAGCCCUGACUUUCAUCAGCAUGGUGACUCGGAGGUUGGGUACCACCGCCACAGCCCGUACUCCGAUGAUGACAUGGAGGAGAUGGAGGGCGGGAACAGGAAGAUUGGGGCGGGGUUAUGAAAGGACAGGACUAUUCGGCAAUUCUGCCAAUUUAGGGGACAAAGAUGACAAUGUUUCUACAUAUUCCCAUCAGUCCUACCAAGGAACUGGUCAACGUCUAUGGUGGACCCAAUGAGACAAGAAUGAGAGCUUCUGGACAUGCAAACAAACACUAGGGGGCGUCAUUUGGGUCAUUUCUAGCCUGCCACUCCAGGCUAAAAUCUGCCUUUGCAUACUGUACAUAAUGGUGAAUGUAAUGGCGUACAACUGUGUGGUGUCCAAAGAGCCUGUUCUACUGUGAUCUGCAGUUGGACGUCACUCGGUUUUUAUGCAAAUAUGUCAUGCAUUUGGGAAUCCUCCCCACAGCAACAUACAAAUCCUGACUGAUGUUUUUCAGCUUCCUAAAAGCAACAUAUCCAUAUCUGUCCAAAAUACCUUGUUUUAGAUCAAGGGUUUGGGAGGUUCUAGAGCACUAGACUUCUCAAUUUUAGGAUUGUCAUGCUCAAGCAUUUCUGGUUCAGCUCAACUGCUAAUUACCAGACUUGGUUGGUUGGUUAGCCAACGUUCAGACUUUGAGGCCAAAUAAGAUAAAAUAAAAUUAGACAUAUCUAGAUUGUACCUAGGUUCAUUUUCCGAGUCUUGACAGCCAGACACCAAACCAAAAGACUCCAAUACCACUUAAAAUUGAUUCCAAACCACAUUUGGUGAUAACUUAAAGGUGAACUCUAGUGUAAAAUUGACAUUUAGGGUAGAAUAGCACACCUCCACUUUCUUGCAGCUUUCUGAGAUCCAGUAACUUUGUGUGCUUUUUGCCCAGCACUCUUUACAGUUUUUACAAUUAAUGCCUCUGUUUUUACACCAGUAUCCAGGCUCAAAGUAGCUCCACACUUCAUAGGUAGAAUCCAGAGAGCCCUGACAUUUAAAACGAGGCAUUAAAAACGUUAAAUGUGCACAAGAAGCUUAUAAAACCACUCCACCAACUCCAAUCUUGCGCCCGACAAUGUAGGUAACGGGUUACGGGUUGUAAACAGUGGUUUUUAUAAAGCUUCUUGUGCACUUUUAAAGUUGGUAAUGCCUCAUUUUAAAUGUCAGGGCUCUUCGGAUUCUACCAAUGAGGUGUGGAGCUGGAUAACGAUGUUAAAAAGCGAUUUAUCAGGGGCAAAAUAUGCCCCAAAGAAGACUUUGUAAAGAGUGCUGGGCAAAAAGCACAAAUUCCUGGAUCUUAAAAAAGCUG